AUGCCUCUCUUUGGAUCCUCCCGCCGUGAACCAUCUCCCGAGCCCAUCAGGGAAGAACCCCCUCGCAAGCACGGUCUUUUCGGCUCCUCUCGCCGCGAACCCUCUCCCCGCCGCGCAUCCCGUCACUCCUCAGGCUCUCACUCCCGCCGGUCCUCAUCUUCCUCGCGCUCCCCCCACCGCCGCAGCACUGGCGGAGGAAACUUUAUCACUCGAAGCUUCGGCCACGGAAACAGAAACGAGCAUGAUCCCGCAGUCCUCGAAGCCCGUGAGCGUGUGCGCAACGCUGAGAUGGCGGAGCGAGAGGCGGACCGCGCACUAGAGGAGGCAAGACUGAGUGUGAGGGAGGCCAGGGAGCACGUCAAGAGGCUCGAGGUUGAGGCAAAGGAGGACUCGAGGAGGGCCAAGGUCAAGGAGCACCAGGCCAAGGAAAUGUCAAAGAUGGGACGAUCCCUCGGACGUCACGGAUAUUAA